CGGGAACCCGUCAGGAAGGGACAUAAACAAACAAACCCGGGGCCGCAUGGAGGGGCCGGGCCGGGGCUCGCCGGGCUGCGGCCCCCGCUGAACGCCGUGAGUGAGGGGCUCCCCACACUGAGCGUUAUUCCCCAGCCGCGGCAUCGCUGCCGUGCCCUCCCCUCGUCCCUGGCAGCCCCGCAGCCCACGGCAUUGCUCAGGGCAUCGGCUGCUGGAAGGGAUGCGAUAUCCAGGAGAAUUCCGCUGUCACACUCGCUAAGCUGACAAAUAGAAAAGCUCCAUCAGGGUGAACUGAAGUUAUCCUAAGGAAAAAUUUCAUUGCAUGGAUAGUAUAAACACCCUGAGACUGAAGUAAAGCUGGAAAGGAAUCGACAAGUGAAUAAAACAAGAAGUUUGGAAUUGGAUUUGGGGAAUCUGGGCUUGGAAAUGCCUCAGCCCAGUGUGAGUGGAAUGGACCCUCCUUUUGGGGAUGCCUUUCGGAGCCACCUGUUUUCAGAGCAGACUCUGAUGAGCACAGAUCUCCUGGCGAGCAGCUCAGAUCCAGACUUCAUGUAUGAACUGGACAGAGAAAUGGACUAUCAGCAAAGCUCCAGGGAUAACUUGCUUUUGAUGGAGGACUGCAAAGACCUUGAGAACUUGGAGUCUUUUACGGACAUCCUGGACAAAGAAGCUGCUUUCACUUCCAAGUGGGAGCAGUGGGAUACCUACUGUGAAGACCUAACUAAGUACACUAAAUUAACCAGCUGUGACAUCUGGGGAACAAAAGAGGUGGAUUACCUGGGCCUUGAUGACUUCUCAAGCCCAUACCAGGACGAAGAGGUGAUCAGCAAAACACCCACAUUGGCUCAGCUGAACAGUGAGGACUCCCAGCCUGUCUCAGAUUCACUCUAUUACCCUGAUUUGCUCUUUAGUGUAAAACAAAACCCUUUAAAUUCUUUAUUACCUGGCAAAAAAAUCGCGAGCAGAGCCGCGGCGCCGGUCUGUUCCUCCAAGAACGUGCAGGCCGAGGCCGCACUGUCGGACUGUGCCCAGAAGGCCAGCAAGCCUGGCAGCCAGCCUGCUUCCAGCACACAGAUCAUGGCCAAGACCAACGUGUACAGCAGUGAAAAGGUGAACAUUCACGUUGAAUGUAAAGACUAUGUUAAAAAAGCAAAAGUAAAGAUCAACCCCUUGCCGCAGAGCAGGCCCGUGCUGAGCCAGGCGCACGCUGACGCAGCCAAGGAAAACACCUGCUACUGUGGGGCUGUAGCAAAGAGACAAGAGAGAAAAGGACUCGAGUCCCCCCAUGGUCACAGUACAACUCCUGGUUUGCCUUUUAAAGAGACUCAAGAGCUGCUCCUCAGCCCUCCCCAGGAGAGCCCAGGGCUGGUAGCGGGGGAGAGCAGCCUUUCCGCCAGCACGUCCGUGUCGGACUCCUCGCAGAAGAAGGAAGAGCACAAUUACUCUCUUUUUGUAACAGACACUUUGGGUGAACAGUCAGCCAAAGCAGACCCCGAGGAAGAGGAGGAGGAUGAGGAUGAUAUUGAAGAUGAGGACCAUGAUGAAGGAUUUGGCAGUGAGCACGAGCUGUCUGAAAACGAUGAUGAGGAAGAAGAUUACGAGGACGAUAAGGACGAUGACAUCAGCGAUACCUUCUCAGAACCAGGGUAUGAAAACGAUUCUGUGGAGGAUUUAAAAGAAAUGACUGCGAUAUCCUCUCGGAAAAGAGGCAAGCGAAGAUACUUCUGGGAGUACAGCGAGCAGCUGACGCCGUCCCAGCAGGAGAGGAUGCUGAGGCCAUCCGAGUGGAACCGGGACACCCUGCCCAGCAACAUGUACCAGAAGAAUGGGCUCCAUCAUGGAAAAUACGCAGCAAAGAAGUCACGGAGGACUGAUGUAGAAGAUCUGACUCCCAACCCCAGAAAACUCCUGCAGAUUGGUAACGAGCUGAGGAAGCUGAAUAAGGUGAUCAGUGACCUGACACCCGUCAGUGAACUCCCCUUAACUGCCAGACCCAGGUCGAGGAAAGAAAAGAACAAGUUGGCUUCCAGGGCUUGUAGACUAAAAAAGAAAGCCCAGUAUGAAGCCAAUAAAGUAAAACUCUGGGGUCUCAACACGGAAUAUGAUAAUUUACUCUUUGUCAUCAACUCCAUUAAACAAGAAAUAGUAAAUCGGGUGCAGGUACCUAAAGAUGACAGAGGAACCAACAUGGAGCAAAAGUUGAACAUACUUAUUAAAGACACUCUUGGACUUCCUGUAGCUGGACAGACGUCGGAGUUUGUGAACCAGGUCCUGGAGAAGACAGCAGAGGGAGACCCCACAGGCGGCCUCGUGGGGCUCCGGAUACCCACGGCCAAGGUUUAGGGCAGGACUGGAGCUGCUCCCGGGUCAGGUUCCGCCCGCGCUGUCGAGUUCCUCGUUGUAAAUGGCAUUCUGGUCUGCAUGUCAGCUUAGCAUUCUGUAAACACUCACCUGUAGGUUCCAUUGGUUUCAAGUAACUCUGUAGGAAAACAAAUCACAGCGUGGUAGAAAAUGCUGCAGAGCAUUUUUGGACCAUAAGCCAGAUAGUUUCAAAGCUGCUUUAAAGCUCAAGGGCAGAAAUGAGAGUUCUCUUUCAAAUGAUCUAGGACCAGAAUAUAUCACUUUUGUUUGAGAAGCAAAAACAUGGGUUUGCUAGUGAAAAUACUCAGCAUUUGCCAGACAUUGUGACAGGUUUAUGGUCCAAGUGAAGUAAGAGGAAGCAUUUUUUUUGGUGAAGCUAUCAAUGUAGGGAGUUUUUCUGUUUUGUUUUAUUUUUAUUAUUAUUAUUUUUAAAUAUUUGGAUUUUCUUUUCUUGUUCUUAAAAAAAAACAGUAAGCUUUCUUUGCAACCAUUAACUUGUACAUAGCACACGCAGCAUUAGAGCUAGUGUGCCAUAUAAGACUUUAAUUUUCUGAGCUUAAUAGAGUAUUUAAAUGUCUGUGCAAGCAAGAGAAAAAAAAAGUAUAUUCUUUGUGCCUUGUAUUUUGUGGGGAGAGCUAUCAGUAUAAGCUGGUAAAGUUUUGUAUGAAGAAAACCCUGAGGGGCAAAACCGAGCUGUAUAGAUGGUGAGAUUUUAGGUUUUAAUGUAUUUGUUCCAGCUCUUAAAAUUUUUUGAAUGUAUAUAGGAAUAUGUUGAAAAUGUAGAUAUAUGCCACAGAGUCUAUGUAUUGUAUAAAAGAUGGCUCUAGAAAACUCAAUUUCGGUACUUUGGCCGGAAGAAAACAAAUACUUGCACAUUAAUGCGAUUGUUUAUUUUUGUACCAAAGACAAAUGCAACUGAUAUGGCGAACUGCCAGUCUAAGUAAAGUUUUGCACAGCUUAUAUGAUACUGUACUGAAUGUAAAAACAAAAGAAAAAAAGAAAAAAAAUUAAAGGUCAGGGUUAGGGAUCUUACUGAACUGUGAAUUUUUUUGUUUGGGUCCAAUUAUCUACAGAAGGAGCAUUCAUACAUAACAAUAUUAUUUUGCUGUUCUUGUAGUUCGCUUCCAUGGUAGAUAAGUUGGUGGCCGUCUUGGAGUCUUUAAAUCUUUUUUCUCUGCACUUACUGUAGGAGAUUUUAAUAUAUUUGGAUUUUAGUAAGCUAUUGGUAAAAUAGUUUUCGACUUUGAGAAUUUAAAAAAAAAAAGUAUUUAGCUUGUUGUAGUAUACUUCCACCAAACAACCAAAAUAAAAUUAUUUUUAUUGUAACGUGUAUAUAUGUAAAGAGAAAAAAAAAAAGAGCUACAAAUAUCUAAUUCCUUAGUUGCCACUUUUCCAGUUGAUGUAUUAUUAUGCAUGUGAUGUUUCCAAGGAUCAACACAGGCUUCAAACAAAACAAAACAAAAAAAAAUUUAUAGACUUUUAUAUUUUUGUACAGGUAUUUCGAAACUAGCUUCUUCAGACUUAUAUGUGACUUAUUCUUGUUAAUUCAGUAGUUUCUAUGAUUGAGGAAUAUUAACACAAAGUUCUUAUUUGCUCUUCUGCUAAUAAGAGUUGGCUUUGUAGUCAGUGUUAAUGUACAGAUUAAAAGCUUUAGCCUUUGAUGAGAAAGUCCUUUAUCUCAAGGCAAGAUCAUUCUCUGGUUUCAUGGACCCCCCCUCCUUUUCCUCCCUGUUCUUUCUCUCCCUAUUUAAAGAUGACAAAACACUGUUUACUGAAAAUAGAAAUACCAAAUAUUUUCAAAUGUAGCUGCUGAAAAAAAAAAAAAUGCAAAAGUCCAUGAAGGCUUUCUCCCCACUCCCUUUGGGGAAUUUCUCCAGUUUGUUUCUAGUUUGUCUAAGUUUGUUUGUACUGUGAUUCCUUUUUGUUUAUAAGUAGAUUAUUUUUAUAUCCAAGCUCGUGCUAUAAGAGAAAAAAGCCUGAAUUGGUAACAGUGCAGUGAAAGUGAUGGCCCUGCCCCACUCACAGCUUCCUUUGUUCUAAAUAUUUUGGAAGACUCAAAAGGGAGGAGGAGGCCAAAAUACCACUACUGAGCUGUACAGAAAGUCUUUCCUACAAGAGACUGAACAAAUACCCAGGGCAAUUUAGGCAAAACUUUGUAAAUCCACUUAAGGCUUGCAAAAUCUGAGUGGAAUGUGGGUGUUUUCCUCCGAGGCAUUUGUGUUGUCGUCGUUGUUGUUCGGGUGAGGUGAAGAGUUGGCUGCUGCUUUCCACGGUGGCUCUGGUGUAUUCCUCUUGUUCUUGUGGAGGUGCCCAGAGCCCCAAAAACCCCGACAGAGAAUGUGUCCUGUGAGGUUCAGGCUGUGCCUGGCCAGGGCUGGCACGCUGAGCUUGUCCCUGUGCUCCAUCCAAACCCUGCCGGCGAGCCAGCCUCUCUGAACAUUGAGAGAGAGCAGUUUGGAAUCAGGUAAAAACUUCUGGGACAAAUUCAACUGACAAAGUAUUUAAAAGCCCCCCCCCCGUUUUUUUUUGCUGCCUGGGAAUUCUGGGCAACACACAACUUUAUAGCUUUUUAUUUUUGUCUGAAAACCAGACUAUGAUUUUGGUCUCGCAUUUCAAAGUAGACUUUGAAUCUUUAGUGAGUUCCAUACCCUCGCAUUUCAGUGUUUCCUAUGUAUUAUUUUAAGUUAAAGCUUUGAAAUAGUUGAGCUUUUUAAUGUUGACACUUUAUUUUGUAACUAUUUAUAUGUAUGUACAUCUUAGAAAAGCACUUUGUUUAAAAAAAAAAAAGAGGAAAAAGAAAAAAAAAAAAGAAACUGCGUUUUAUAUGAUUCCUGCCACUUGCUGCUAACUCUGGGCUGGUCAGAAUGCUGCAGCGAUACUUGAGAUAAAUAAAACCUGGCAGUAAAAUGUAGAGUAAAGAUAAGACCUUUUGCUGGUUUAACUUUAUCAUAAAGGUGACAUAGGCAAGCUGUGCAGCUUUACAUUUUAACCAGGGGACUCUGUGGCAUUUAAACCGUCUAGAAAUGGUUGUACUUUAAUGCCAGUAACAAUCUGCUUCCUCUAGUGUCAUUAAAAUAUAUACAUUUAGUGUAUACUUAUCACAAACAAAAAUCUUAUAAGGGUAUAAAAACCAACAAAUGUACAUGUUCUGUUUUUUGGCAAUUGUGGCAUGCGUUUUGGGGUGAUCUUUAGAGAAAACCAUUUUCUAAAGAUUUUCAGUGUUCAUACAUAGUAUGUGGAUCUUAACGAAGUCCUGGGGUUAUUUUUUUGUUUGUUUUUGAGUGUAGGCAUUGUGAAUAUUCACUUUUAAUCCUAUAUCCAAAAACAAUGAUCUAUUUUUUUGAUUUAAUACAACCAGAAGCUCUUCCUUUUUCUGAUACACUGGAUUAUCUAGGAUUUGUUUCCAUAUUAAAAGCAUGCUGUCAUAA